GUACUGACACCACCGGGGAAUAGAUCAGCAGGCUCUGAUUCAUCCGGCUGGACCGGAGUGGUGACAUGAGCUAGUAGUAGCCAAUGUUCCGAAAGUGGGUCCCGACAACUAGAUCAGUGCCAAGGGGUGGCAGAGAGCUGGGAGUUCCCAGCCUCCGCCACUGGUGUCUGCACUAUGGCCUCCAACUGCAGCAGCUCCGCCGUGGGCAGCGCUAGCAAGACCAAAACCAAGAAGAAGCAUUUCGUGUGUCAGAAAGUAAAGCUCUUCCGAGCCAGCGAGCCCCUCCUGAGUGUGCUGAUGUGGGGGGUCAACCACACGAUCAAUGAGUUGAGUAAUGUUCCAGUUCCUGUUAUGCUAAUGCCAGAUGACUUUAAAGCCUACAGCAAGAUCAAACUGGAUAACCACCUUUUCAACAACUGGCUCCGGGCAAAAGCUGAGGCUCUUGUUAUCAUCAGCACUAACUUCCUGUCAGAGCCAUACGGGGAAAACGCAGCCCAAGACGUCUGA